UUUUUAUCCGUUUUGAAGGAAGGAGCUGUUAGGAAUCGUACUAAACAGCUAGAAAAUAUUUUACAAAGGAUACGUAAGGAUUCGUUAUUUAGACCUCCACUGAGGUUUAUCUCAGAAUGGCUAUCAUCGCCUUCAUCGUCUCCAUCAUGGUUGGAACUUUCUUCUCUUGGUGCAGGUGCUGUUUGGAUGACGAAUUUCGCAAUAUCAUUUUCAAAGAACCAAUCUCGAAUAAGAUAAUGAAGAAUCACGUGAUCAGGACUGACGAAGUCUCUAAUAAGGGAAGCUGUCGUGUGUUGUGCUAUAUGGACCCGGAUUGCGUGUCCAUCAACCUGGGACCAUUAAUGCAGGGGAAGCAUAAAUGCCAACUGAACAAUGCUACUGAUAAAACCCUUGCUAGUGAAAAAGAUUUUACUUACCUUGCCACUGAGAACCCAUGUGAUAGCGGCCCAUGUUUGAAUGGAGGCACCUGCCAAGCUGGUUUCACAAGUAAAGGUUAUAGGUGUAUUUGUCCAGAAGAAUUCAGUAGAGGAGAGAAUUGUCAAGCUUUCAGAAAUUGCGCUGAGAUCUUUAAAUCGGGCGACAAAAGAGAUGGUGUGCACGUCAUCAAACCUGAAAAUCAAUCAGCUUUUGAUGUCUUCUGCGACCAGACAACAGCCGGUGGAGGAUGGACAUUGUUCCAGAGAAGAAUCGACGGCUCAGUCGAUUUCAACCUGAACUGGUCCGAUUAUAAGCAAGGCUUUGGAAAUAUCACGGCUGAAUUUUGGCUCGGCUUGGAAAGGAUUCAUCACCUGACCUUAGAUAACAACAGCAUGUUGAGAGUAGACUUGGAGGACUUUGAUGGGGAGACUGUCUACGCCGAGUACAGCUUGUUUGGUGUCAGGAGUGAACUUAACAAGUAACGUUUGAUACUUGGUUCUUACACAGGAACCGCUGGUGACUCCUUCUCUUACCAUAACAGCUGGCCAUUUUCUACUCCGGAUCAAGAGAAUGAUUUCUACCCCACUGGAAACUGUGCCAUGAAGUACGAAGGAGGUUGGUGGUUUAAGUGGUGUUUCAAGGCUUUCUUAAAUGGUCCUUAUGUCCGUGGGCCCAACUCUAAAUACGCCGAAGGCAAUAUUUGGAAACGUUUUCGAGGUUUUCACUAUUCACUGAAAAGCUCUCAGAUGAAAUUAAGACCUCGAAACUUUUCAGUGACUGAACCGUAGUUUCUCUUAUGUAACACAGAUUUUAUGCUGAAGCUUUUCUGGAAACAGCACAUUGUUUAAGUCAGUAUUAUUAGCGAGAUAAAAACUGCGAAUCUUUUGAGCUGGACUGAAGUUUUUCUUGGAAAGCAUAGAUUCUGUCCUAAUCUUUUCUGAACACAGCUCACGGUUUUAUCCAAUAUUUUAAACGACAUAUUACAAAGCUUGCACGCAAGUCUCAUGGAAAAAAUUGUAGACAGCUUUCAUUUAAGCAGUGACGUAAAUUACAAAAAAAAAAGAUGACAGCUAAUCUCUGAUUGAUUGAUUCUAAGAGAGGAUAAGUUAGAGAAAAAUAGCAAAAUAUUUCCAUUUUAUAUACAGUUAACAUCUUUGCAUGAACGGUCUAAAAGCAGACAGCAAAUGCAAAGUAUUUAAAACUCCAUCCUCAAUAAUCAUUUUUCUGUUUUGUAAAUUCUUCCCGAUUUUGUUAUUUCCCUUCUCAAAUUACCAAACAACUAAGUAUACAACAAUAUUUUCUUUUGUAAAGUCGCGAGGAGCCGCACAAGCUCAUUCAAAAUAGGUAUGUGUAUUUACUUUUUCUAAAAUAUAAAGAUUUACGUAGUUACAGAGUUAAAAAAUCUAAAGCUUGUUUUGGUAGUUUUAUUUCUUUUUUUUGGUUUCCUUAACACUCAUGGGUAAUUGUACAUUUUACAACAUAGCUGUUAUUUUUCAAAUAUAUCAUCUUUAGAUGCAUAGCAGUCUUACCAUCCUUAGUUAAUCAUCCCCUUUCCCUUUGACUUUCAUUUUGCCUCCUUGUUUUGUUUUACACAGUCAAGCAUUUUGAUUUACAUUUUCAGUGAAGUGUAAACAUUUUUUCGUAAAAAAUAUUCAUGUUAUCGCUAGUAUUUACGUAGUCGCUUCGACUUAGUGAAACGACAAAAAUAGGUCAGGUGACAAGGGUUUAAAAAGAAAGAUUCCUGUAACGACAUUUUUUAUCGAAGUGAAGCAAAGGGAUUCAAAGCGUUUGUGGAACACAAAUUGUAAAUUCAAAUCGUUCGUUAUUUUAACUGAGAAGAACGUUGUAGACACUAGCUUUAUCUUGUACUCACAUUGUAAUUUCAGUUGACCACGACUAACCAUGGACGUCACCAACCGUAUAGUCUAGCUAGUGCAAAUGAAACUUUAGAUGCUUAAUAAAAACUGUUAUCUCCUGCUGCGAUGGUUUGUUUGUUUGUUUAUUAUUAUUUUAAAGAACAUUAGA